AUGUUCCUGACAAUGUCGUUAACCAUAGGCGAUUUGCUUCCCAGAGUCCCCAUCCAGGAUCUUCGUCCAAAUAUGUUUCCAUUUAGCAUUUGUGACGUGGAGAAAGUCGAAAUGGUAUCAAUAGUUCUUGAACUGGACUGUCCUGUGAAUACGGAACCCAGAUCUCAAGUGAUUAUCAAAUCAACAGUAGAAAAGGCUGACAGAGAUGUGGCACACAUCAGAAUCGGAGAGCAUAGUAGAAAAAUAAACAGGCCGCCGAGAAACGUGGAUAAAUAUCAAGCGUUACUGGGGGACUCGGCAACUGCGGAACACGCACUGGACAGUGGAUACAAUAGAUUUGCAAAAUGUUGA